AUGCCGUACCGCUCCGUGGAUCCAUUCCGAGUCCUCCCAGCUGAACUCAUGAUCGAGAUUCUCCAUGCGAUCGAUGAUUUCUACGGCCUAGUGAGCCUCACUAAAGUCUCACCUCACGCCGAAUCUGUCUGCGCGGCAUACGCCCUCCCAAUCUUAAAUAACCUGACAAAAUGGUAUCCUCUCUUCUACUGCCCAUACAGCUACCGCGAUGCAGACCUCCCACUGCCCAUUCGUGGGAUAUUUCGCUGCCUCGCCCUCAUCCUAAGCGAACCACCGUCCGAUAUCGACACUGUGAGAAUCCAUCUUGGAUACACCCGAGACUGCCCCUGGAGCGUGGUCCCAAUCAAACUCGGCCCUCAGAGAGCCAACGUGGUUGCAUUCCAACUAAUCCGUAUCGCUGCUCGUAUUCAACGUCUCGCAUGCAUGUGUCUUCUCACUAUGGUCGGAAACCUCUACUGUGCAGUUUCCAAUUCGAAAUACCUCGGUCCGGAACGCGUCGCAUCCUUCAUCCCCUUCAGCUGGGUCGAAGAAUAUAGAGUCUACCAAGCACUCUGGAAUCUGCAGCUUUUCUCCAUAUACUUCUAUUAUACGCAGCUUAAAUGGGGCUGGUCGGAUGAGGAGGCCCAGGCGCUGAGUAUCGAAAUCCCCUGGCAGUUCAAGCCAAAAUAUAAACUGGAUGACGAGAUUCCCUCCGUGACGAACGUCCUCAUUCAGUUGGGGCUGACACCAAAACAAAUCUGCCACCUGCCGUUGUUCGACUUCGACGAGAUGGAGCAAAUCAUGGACCACAGUGAAUACCCACCGUCAUGUGUAUGGUCGCCACCGCCCACCCCAGACGCGAACAACAACGAACAUUCAUUUGUCUGGAACCAAAGACCAGAGGACGCAAUUGCAAGAGUAUCAAAUGGCACACACCAGUGUGAAACGAUGCUUGUGCAUUCUAAUACCACUUUCCCAACCAGAACUUUCCUAGGGAUACAAUUAUUCCAUCCGGACGGACCCGAAAGACCAUUAUUCCAAGAGAUGGGCCUGUUCAUCUGGGAUGCAUUGCGCAUGUGUUCAGUGGGCCUUUCUAUUCCAGAUUCUAACCAACACAGACUGGCCGGUUUUGAGAUCUUGAGUGCACCACCGGUUCAAGUUCCCUGCUGUUGCCCCGGUGAUCGCGCCAAGAUGCUCGAGAUUCUCAUACGCUGGUGGUCCUUACUUGGCAAAUAUCCGCAGCUUCCGCCUAUCAUUGCGCCCAGCUUUAUCAAAGCUAAUGCCCACAACACCUUUUGGAUCAAUGACCCAGAGUAUCAAAUGCCUACUGGCCAAAAUUUAGGCAUAGCUUCCGCAGAUGGUCGUCAAAUGAUGAUUCCACUCAUGGGUCUGGCACCGACGUUCUUCCCUAGGCAACCAUUACCGUAA